AUGUUAACAAACAUUCUCCUAUUGUCUCUUCAAAUCAGUCUCCUGGGAACCAGCCUUGGUGGGAACAUUCUGAUUUGGCCAAUGGAAGGUAGUCAUUGGUUAAAUGUUAAAAUAAUUAUAGAUGCACUCAUUGAAAAAGAGCAUAAUGUGACUGUCCUGGUUGCUUCUGGUGCUCUUUUUAUCACACCAACGUCGAACCCAUCUCUGACAUUUGAAAUAUAUGAAGUGCCCUUUGAGAAAGAAAGAAUAGCCGAAGUGAUCAGAAAUUUUGUUUUGACAUGGCUGGAGAAUCGACCGUCUCCUUCAACCAUGUGGACCUUCUAUCACGAGAUGGCCAAAGUCAUCAAAGACUUCCACAUAGUGUCUAAAGAGCUCUGCGAUGGUGUUCUUAAAAAUGGAAAACUGAUGGAAAAGCUGAAGAAAGGAAAGUUUGAAGUCCUGUUGUCUGAUCCAGUAUUUCCUUGUGGCGAUAUAAUAGCGAUAAAACUGGGAAUUCCCUUUAUCUAUUCUUUGAGGUUUUCCCCUGCUUCAACAGUAGAAAAACACUGUGGAAAGGUGCCAUACCCCCCUUCCUAUGUCCCUGCCAUUCUCUCAGAACUCACAGACCAGAUGUCUUUUGCCGAUAGAGUAAGGAAUUUCAUCUCUUACCAUCUACAAGACUACAUCUUUGAAACUCUCUGGAAACAGUGGGACUCCUACUACAGUACAGCUUUGGAUGGUAGCCAUUGGUUAAAUAUUAAAAUCAUUCUAGAAGAGUUGAUUCAAAGACAUCAUAAUGUCACUGUACUGGCUUCUUCAGCAACUCUAUUCAUCAACUCCAAUUUUGAUCCUUCUGUGAAUUUUGAAGAGAUACCGGUUUCCUACAAGAAAAGUAAUAUAGAUUCCUUAAUUGAACAUAUGAUCAUGCUGUGGCUAGACCACAGACCAACCCCUCUGACAUUGUGGACUUUCUACAAAGAACUAGGAAAGCUCCUAGACAGUUUUUUUCAAAUUAAUACACAAAUCUGUGAGGGUGUGUUAAACAACCCCACACUAAUGGCAAGACUUCAGAAAGGUGGUUUUGAUGUGUUGGUAGCAGACCCAGUAACAAUCUGUGGAGACCUGGUGGCUCUGAAAUUAGGAAUCCCGUUCUUGUACACAUUGAGAUUCUCUCCAGCUUCAACAGUGGAGAGGCAUUGUGGGAAAAUCCCAGCUCCAGUUUCCUAUGUACCAGCAGCCUUGUCAGAGCUCACUGACCAGAUGAACUUUGCAGAAAGGGUUAAAAAUACCCUAUCUUAUCCUCUACAAGAUUACAUAUUCCAGUCCUACUGGGGAGAAUGGAAUUCAUACUACAGCAAAGUUCUAGGAAGACCCACUACAUUGUGUGAGACUAUGGGCAAAGCUGAGAUUUGGCUAAUUCGGACAUACUGGGAUUUUGAAUUUCCUCGUCCAUACUUACCUAAUUUUGAGUUUGUUGGAGGAUUGCACUGUAAACCUGCCAAACCUUUACCUAAGGAAAUGGAAGAAUUCGUCCAGAGCUCAGGAGAAGAUGGUGUGGUGGUGUUUUCACUGGGGUCAAUGGUGAAAAACCUCACAGACGAAAAGGCCAAUCUCAUUGCUUCAGCUCUCGCCCAGAUUCCACAGAAGGUUCUAUGGAGAUACAAGGGAAAGAUACCAACAUCUUUAGGAUCCAAUACUCGGCUCUUUGAUUGGAUACCCCAGAAUGAUCUUUUGGGACACCCCAAAACCAAAGCCUUCAUCACUCACGGUGGAACUAAUGGGAUCUAUGAAGCCAUUUAUCAUGGGAUCCCAAUGGUAGGAGUCCCCAUGUUUGCUGACCAACCUGACAACAUCGCUCACAUGAAGGCCAAAGGAGCAGCUGUGGAGGUGAACAUGAACACCAUGACCAGUGCAGACUUGCUCAGGGCCCUGAGGACAGUCAUCAAUGAUCCUUCUUAUAAAGAGAAUGCAAUGAGGUUAUCAAGAAUUCACCAUGAUCAGCCAGUGAAGCCUCUGGAUCGAGCUGUCUUCUGGAUCGAGUUUGUCAUGCGCCACAAAGGAGCCAAGCACCUUCGGGUUGCAGCCCACGAUCUCACCUGGUUCCAGUACCACUCCCUGGAUGUGAUUGGGUUUCUGCUGGCCUGUGCCUCAGCUGCUAUAUUGUUGGUUGCAAAAUGUUGCUUCUUCUCUUUUCGAAAAUUUUGUAAGACAGGCAAGAAGAAAAAAAGAGAAUAG